AUGGAAACCGGAGGAGGAAAAGUGAAGAAGGGAGCCGGCGGGAGGAAGGGCGGCGGCCCGAAGAAGAUACCGGUUACCCGGUCCGUGAAAGCCGGCCUCCAGUUUCCCGUUGGCAGGAUCGGGCGGUACCUGAAGAAGGGGCGCUACUCGCAGCGGGUGGGCACCGGCGCGCCGGUUUACAUGGCCGCUGUCCUCGAGUACCUUGCCGCUGAGGUUCUGGAAUUGGCUGGGAAUGCAGCAAGAGACAACAAGAAGAGCAGGAUCAUCCCAAGGCAUGUGCUGCUGGCUGUUAGAAAUGAUGAGGAGCUGGGGAAGCUUCUCUCUGGCGUUACGAUUGCUCAUGGCGGAGUUAUACCGAACAUUAACCCGGUUCUUCUGCCCAAGAAAGCUGACAAGGCAGCCGAGAAAACCCCUAAAUCACCAUCCAAGGCUGCUAAGUCCCCAAAGAAGGCCUAG